CUGAGAUCUGACAAGUCAGCGGCCCCAACGGGAUCCUCUUGCUUCAGCACUUCCAUCUCGCUGAGCUCGCCGUCUCUGCCUACGCCGCCGCCGCACGCACAUCCGUAGCUGUCGUCGCCGCCGCAUCGCUGGUCCUCGUCACUGUUCUUUGCUAGACCGGCCGGCCCGCUGGUCUCGUCUAGAAACUGAUUUGCAAGCCCUUCCUCCCGCGGUCGGCUUUCGUUAUUGUUUCUAGCCCAGAGCCCUAGUCGGUUCAUCCAGACUCGAAGUCCUUCACCCACAGGCAUUCAGUACAUACUUUUGUACAUUGCGCCUGCUCGACAUCCUACCCAACCCGCUCCUACUUGCGUCCUCACUACACCUGUGAUCUAGUAUCAUCAACUUCAUCUUUCACUUGACAUCAUCAUCAUGAGUCUUCGGCCCCCUUCCAGUCCCAGCCCGUCUCCUGGACCAGAGAACGGCAAGCAGCAUGCGCGCCAGUCCCUAGGACCUUCUGCACGUGGCACGCCCAUGGCGCCUGGUUCCCCCCGUUUGGGCGGGACUGGCACCCGGCCUACUAGCGAGCUGGUAGGCUCUGCGGGAAUGUAUCAGACACCAGAAGCCGAGGCCCUCGACCAAUGGUUCGAGAACUUACAAAACUAUGAGGCCACGCUUGAAGAUAUGGCCGCUGCGUCCCUGGACGCCAAUUUUAAGGAGGAACUCAGCGCUAUUGAGCAAUGGUUCAAAGUACUUUCAGAAGCAGAGCGCACAGCCGCUCUUUACAGUCUUCUCCAGCAUUCGACUCAAGUUCAGAUUCGAUUCUUCAUCACCGUGUUGCAGCAGAUGGCGCGCUCGGAUCCCAUGACAGCUUUGCUCAGUCCUGCCGUGGGUGGCUCAAUGCAGGCCCAAAUGGAGGCCAAAUUGGCGAGUCUCAAGUCCCCGGGCCUCAAAUCCGGCUUGCCGCAGUCGCCUACUGCGCGGUCAUUCAACCCGUCGAGCCCUGCCGCGAACCGCCAAUCGCUUAUCGAGACUCCGAACAACUAUCUUUCCCCGGACUCUGCUGUGCUCGGUCAAAGCCAGGAGGCGGCGAACACGCUUGCGCAGCAGCGCGCCAAGCUCAAGGCUGCGAAUGCAGCCCAUCGUAUCUCCGCACCCAUCAUGCCCACGACUAGUGGUAGCAACACAUGGGGUGCUGGCGGCCUGGGUCAGGUCGUCGAGACCACGGCCCGAGCACCGUCGCCGUCCGCUGAAGAAGUGUCGUCACGGCCGAAGAGCACCGAGUUUACUAGCACACGUGCACCGGUUGCUGCGCAGGAAGCGUCGUUGCCGUCCCAUGCCGCGAGCGAGAGUUGGGCCAGCAUGGUGACAACUCCGCUGCCGAUGUUUGCGAAGACUGAGCCGAAGGAACCAUCCGGUCAGGCCGAGUGGCGGGUGAGUCGAUUAGUGCCGUUUCGUUCAUUCCAGCCUAACAACGAUAGACCCCGGGUGGUCCCGCCAUUCCCGGUGUCCCUCGGAUGGGUGACCCCACGAUUCAUCGCCGCGGCGCUCGACAGACACCAGAAUCAAACAAUUUCGAUGACAAUGCAGGCAAUUUCGGAGCACGUGGCAACGGACGCUGGAAUGCCACGAGCCCAUCUUCGAACCGGUUCGGAAGUGACGAUGGCUCGAACCCUGGCGGCGGAAGCAACAACGGACGGAGCAAUAAUGGAAUGGGCCCGCUCGGCAUGGGUGGAUUCGGUAUGGGAAUGGGAAUGAACGGCGCCGGCGCAAUGGGUGGAAUGAAUCCAUUCGGGGUGAACAUGAACAUGCUUGCGAUGGGCAUUUCCCCCGAGACGCAGCUGCUUGCGGCGCAGAUGGCCCAAGCGCAGAUGGCCGCUGCAGCCAGCGGUGGUGCAUUUGGGAUGGGCGGUGCUGGCUGGCUUGGCAUGCAGGGCCAGGGCAUGCAUCCUGGCGGGAUGAACCGGAUGAUGCGGCCUCCCAGUGCUCGUACACCCAAGACCGCCAGUACGAUAGGCAGCUCUAACGGAAUGGGAGGAGGAGCGCUGAAAGGGGAUGAGGACGUUGACCCGGCUUUGCUGACGGAUAUUCCGGCCUGGCUGCGCAGUCUCCGGUUGCACAAGUACACCCCCAACUUCGAAGGCGCGAACUGGAAGGACAUGGUCAUGAUGGACGAGGCUGCGCUCGAGGCCAAGGGCGUCGCUGCGCUGGGGGCGCGGAGAAAGAUGCUGAAGACUUUCGAGAUUGUCCGCAAGAAGAUGGGCAUUGAGGGCGGCCCGCCGAUGAGCGCCGACGCGUAAUCGCGUGGCCAGCCAAAAUUAUAUAUACCCUCUGCUCGCGCAAAUCUGAUUUGCCUCUCGUUACUGUCUCGUAUCUAUUUCACACAUGCCUCCACUCCCUACCUUCUGCUCCUUUUCUUCCUAGUACGAUCACGACCUGACGAAGUUCUCCUCUCGGUUGUAUAUACAUUUGAAUCCUGACUACCUUUUUUUCUGCGA